AUGGACCACCACCUUCCCGUACGGUCCAUCGAUACCUUGGACUCCAACAAGCUCAUAGAGACUUACGGAAAGAAUGGAAGAAUCGAGCACGCAGAGCGCAUCUUUCAGGCCAUGGAGCCCAAAGAUCCCUUCACUUGGAUGUCGAUGCUGCGCGCAUAUUCCCGGAAUGGGUAUCUGCGAGAAGCGAAGGAUCUUUUUGAUGCCAUGCCCGGAAAGGAUGCCGUCUCCUGGACAGCUAUGCUCGCGGCAUAUUCCAAGCACGGGGACAUCAAUGCAUCUAAGAUGCUGUUUGACAAGAUGCCAUGCAAGGAUCUAGUGGCCUGGAAUGCCAUGAUAUCAGCAUAUGCCGCAAACGGGCAUCAUAAGAAUGCUAUUGACUUGUUUGACCAGAUGCCACAGCGAAACUACGUGACGUGGACCACGGCGUUGACCACAUUUGCACAAAGAGGCCAAUUAGCGGAAGCAGAGAGAGUGUUUAGUGAGAUGCCCGAAAAGGAUGUGGUGUGCUGGUCUGCCAUGCUAACCGCAUAUACCCAAAGCGGGCAUCUGGACCGCGCAAGGGAUCUUUUUUACCAAAUGCCGGCUUGGAGCGUCCUGUCCUGGACGGCGAUCUUCUCUGCCCAUGCUCGCCACGGGGACCUGGAGCGCGCGAAGGAGAUCUGGGAUGAAAUGCCGGAGAGGAAUCUAGUCUCAUGGGCGGCGAUGAUGCAUGCCUUUGUCCACACUGACGCUGCCACAGUGAAAGAGCUGUUUGAUUCAAUGCCAGCGCGGGACAUUGCCGCGUGGAAUGCGCUGCUCGCCGCAAGCACCCAGCAAGAAGACCUGGUUGUAGCUAAGGAAGUGUUUGAUCGAAUGCCAGAACGGAGCCUCGCGUCCUGGACCGAAAUUCUCACGGCUUUGGUGAGGGCCGAGAACCGGGACGGAGCCAGUAGGAUCUACCGAGAAAUGCCCGAGCAGGAUCUUGUUGCCUGCACUGUGAUGCUAUCGAUCUUCUCCCAGGAUCUAGAGGCGGCCAAGCGGUUUUUCGAUGGGAUUCCAGAGCUCGACAGCGUGUGCUGUAGUGCCAUGCUCUCCGCAUAUGCUCAGGCUGGGCAUAUCGCUCAAGCUAGAGGGAUCUUUGAGAAAAUGCCAGAGAAAACCAUCGCGGCCUGGAAUGCAAUGCUGUGCUCGUAUACCCAAAACGGGCAUAUGGAACUUGCAUGCUCUCUCGUGGAGACGAUGCCAGAGCUGGACGUGGUGUCGUCCAUCGCUAUGAUCUCAGGUUAUGUCGAGAAAGGAAACAUCCAAGAAUGUAAAACGAUAUUUGAUCAAAUUCUUGAUCACAACGUUGUCUCCUGGACUGCCAUGCUAGCUGCAUAUGCCCAACUUGGGCAUGUCGACGACGCAAAGAAGUUUCUCGAUAAAAUGCCGCAAAGGAACUUGGUUUCGUGGAACACUCUCCUGUAUGCUUACUCGCAGGCACAACGAGUCGAGGAAUCCAAAAGAGUUUUUGACACAAUGCCUGAGAAAGACUCUACGUCCUACGCAGUGAUGUUGGCUUUGUACACUGGACGCCAAGAUCUCGAGCAAGCAUGGUGUGUCUUCGAGAAGAUUCCAGAGCCAAGCGUGACAUGCUACACGACUAUGCUCGUCUCUUACGCUCAGGCCGGGGUUCUAGGCCAAGCGAAGCUCGUCUUUGACAGAAUUCCAGACAAGAAUCUCGUGUCACGGAAUGCCAUGCUCUACGCAUACUCCCACAACCAUCAAGCCAGGGAAGCCAAGGAAUUGUUUGAUGCAAUGCCCGAACGUGACACCAUCUCUUGGUCGGCGCUUCUAGCAGCAAGCGCUCAAACCAUUGACGCCUCUCGAAACUUUUUCCAGGCGAUUCCGGAGCACAACUUAGUGUCUUGGACAGCAUUGGUGGUGAGAUACGCUCACAGUGGUUAUCUCAAAGAGGCUGCCGAGAUUUUUCACACGCUAAACCUGUAUGAAAUGCCGAAAGAGAACUGUUUUUCUUCGCUUUUCCUGGCUUGCAGCCACAAAGGGAAAGUCUAUGCGGCUAGGUGCUGGUUUACUUCCAUGGUCGUGGAUUUCUCGCUCGCUCCUGGAAAACAGCAUUACUGUUGCAUGGUUGACAUCUUGGGAAGAGCUGGGCAUUUGAGCGCCGCAGCGAACUUGAUCGCCAACAUGCCUUUUGCGCCCGAUUCUCUGGAAUGGAAAAGUUUCCUUGGAGCUUGCGGAGAAAUCCAAUGCUAG